UUUCUCUCAGCGCUGGCAGGCCGGCCAGGUCCUCCCUCAGCGAACAGCCCCAUCUCCUUCCUGCCUUGGCCCAGCCCUUGCUGGCUCCCGGCCCGUCGCGUCCUGCUCUGCUCCGCCCCGUCUGACGUUCUGCUUGCAACCAUGUCGGCGGCCGCGCGCAGACGUCAGGAUGCUGGCGUGAAAGGAGAAGCUUCCAUCGCCGCUGCAGGAGCAGAAGCAGCCGUCGCUCGCGGAGAUGAGGAGCCGGGAAUGGCGGCGGCCCCGAGCCUUACCGUUUGCCUCAAGCUGCUGGCGGCUGCCUUCUACGGCUUCAGCUCAUUCCUCAUCGUGGUGGUCAACAAGAGCGUCCUCACCAGCUACGGAUUUCCUUCCUCGCUGUGUGUGGGACUAGGCCAGAUGUUGGCUACAGUGGUUGUCCUCUGGGUGGGAAAGGCCCUCAGGGUGGUGAAGUUUCCAGACUUUGACAGAAAUAUACCUCGAAAGACCUUUCCACUACCUCUUCUCUAUUUUGGGAACCAAAUCACAGGACUGUUCAGCACAAAGAAAUUGAACCUGCCAAUGUUUACAGUCCUGAGACGGUUUUCUAUUCUGUUUACAAUGUUUGCAGAAGGAAUUCUACUCAAGAAGACAUUUUCGUGGGGAAUUCAGAUGACAGUAUUUGCAAUGAUAAUUGGUGCAUUUGUAGCUGCAAGUUCUGAUUUGGCAUUUGAUUUAGAAGGUUACGUUUUUAUUUUGAUUAAUGAUGUCUUGACAGCUGCAAAUGGUGCAUAUGUAAAACAGAAACUAGAUUCAAAGGAGCUGGGAAAAUACGGUCUCCUUUAUUACAAUGCACUGUUCAUGAUUCUUCCUACCUUGGCCAUUGCCUAUUUUACAGGAGAUGCACAAAGGGCCAUGGAAUACAAAGGCUGGUCAGACAAACUUUUCCUUAUACAGUUUACACUGUCAUGUGUAAUGGGGUUUAUUCUGAUGUAUUCAACAGUACUUUGUACUCAAUAUAACUCUGCCCUUACAACUACAAUAGUUGGUUGUAUUAAGAACAUAUUAAUAACCUACAUAGGAAUGUUCUUUGGGGGAGAUUAUAUUUUCACAUGGACAAACUUUGUAGGCUUAAAUAUCAGUAUUGCUGGAAGUCUGGUGUAUUCUUACAUCACCUUUACGGAAGAGCAACUGAACAAGCAGUCUGAAGCUAGCAUCAAGAUGGACAUUAAAGGGAAAAGCUCUGUAUGA